CAUUUGAAAGGCAUUUUCCCGUUUUAGGCAAGGUGGUGUUGGGCAACAAACAUGGAAAACCGUGUGAGCAGUGGGUAUUGCGUUCCAGACAAGGGAUCAACAGCCCUGGAAGGAAAAAAGUACCGAAUCAUUCCCUCUCAACGUGAUGGGUCAUCAUCCUCAUGAUCACCACCGUCCAUUACCAUCAUCGCCAUCAUCUCCUCUCGGUGGGCCCAGUUGUAACAGCAGACCAAACGAGGUCUUGGGAAGCAAUAUAUGCCAAGGCGAUGAUAAGGUUGCUGGUGCCACCCCUGCUCCUGCCCCUGCCCCUGAGGUUGCUACUACUAGUAGUGGUGCUGUUUGUGACAAGACUUUUCAGCCUUUUGACCUUUCCACCAUCACCACCACCACCACCGCUACCACCGCCCUCAAAUCCCCAGGUAGAGGAAUGGCAGGAGAUUUGGGGUUUCCUUUUACAUGGGCUCAGUGGAAAGAGCUUGAGAGACAAGCAAUGAUCUACAAGUACAUGACGGCCUCCCUUCCUGUCCCUCCUGACCUCCUUUUACCCAUUGCCCAAAGCCUCUCCCCUGCCCAAAACCCCCACUACUCCUUGGAUAACAAUGGGUCGGUGUACAACCUCAGACUGGGACUAUCAUCGAGCAAUAAGGAAGCAGCAGCAGCAGCAGCAGCAGAGCCAGGGAGGUGCAAGAGGACGGAUGGGAAGAAAUGGAGGUGCUCGAGAGACGUGGCUCCUCACCAAAAGUACUGUGAGCGCCACUUGAACAGAGGCCGUCCCCGUUCAAGAAAGCCUGUGGAAGUACUUGUCCAACAACCCCCUUUCGACAACAACAACAAUGGCAUCAGCAAGAAGACCCGUUUCGACGGCCACAAUCUUCCGAACCCUUCGGUUCUACACUCCACCGCUUCCUCGCACGGGCUGCUCAGAUCCAAUAGUAAUACCGUUCAACCGAAUGGGAGGAUCCCUCUGUUUCUUGAUAGAACUGACGAGAAUCUCUCUGAUGUUUCCUCUUACAAGGAGCUGAGCAGGGGCUUCGAUUGGAGUAGGCAAGAACUAAAUCUGAAUCCGUAUACAGAUUUUAGUAAUUUCUCCGAUGAGCCACUGAAUCUGUAUCCAUACACAGAUUUCGGUGCCCCUGAAUCAGAACCCGACCUAAUCUCCUUACAAACGCAGAAUCGAAUGGAAACCCCGAGGGGUUUCAUUGACGCCUGGUCAAAAACCGAUUCCAACGCCAACAAGAAGCCCAGUUCCUCUGUUUCUUCACAUUCCAACACGUGGCCUUCUUCUCUAACCUUAUCCGUGGCCAUGGCGGCCGGGAACGCCCUCGACGAGGAAAUGGGCCACAUCGAAACGGGUUCAGGUAAUGCAGAUUCAGGAGAGUUGGAGCUCCACAAGGCCAAUGUUUCAAGCUGCUGGUUGAGCCCUGGUUCGUACGUGGGUUCAGCACCAGGGGGCCCACUAGCCGAGAUGUUGCGGCCGAAUAGUAUGGCCGCGUGUUCGGAUUCAUCUCCGUCCGAGGUUCUUCAGAGGACACUGCUUUCGCUUUCGGAUAGCAGCGGUUGCACUAGCCCGGCCAUUGCAGCAGUUCCAGAGAUCAUGCCUUUCCAGUGGCUUAAUUGAGUUUAUUUGAGUUGGACUAGCCCGGCCCUUAGGCAUUUCCUCUGUUGGAGUGGAUUUUCGUUUAUUUUGGGUUUCGAGAGUGACGGUGGACGGUUUUUGUGCCGACCUUAGACAAUGCUUUGCUGCUUGUUUUUUUUUUUUUUCAUCUAAGCAUUAUAAGUUUCAAUUAAUGUUUCGAGUGCAGAAAGUGUAAUAGUAUGUCUCAGCCAUGGAUUUGAAAUUUUUGAAAGCUCCCUUCUAGUUGUGAAAGAGAUGAACCAGUUGAAUU